AUGAAGGGACACGGAGGCUACGGAGGCUCCCACUACGACCAGGGAGGCUACAAGGGCCACCAGGGAUACCAUGCUGACAAGGGCCACAAGGGCAGCCACUACGGCGACCACAGCAAGGCGCACUACAGGUUACCAUGGCGACCAUGGCAAGCACUACAAGGGCCACGACGACAAGCACAAGUACUACGGCGACGCCCACAGCGGCAAGAAGGGAAGGGUCACUACGGCUCCAAGGGUCACCACGACAAAGGUCACAAGGACAAGGGCUUCAAGAACGUGUACCACAAGGAGGAGUACGGCCACACCAAGAAGUUCUACGACGACAGCGACAAAAAGAAGUACCACAGCAACUACGACGACCUCGAUACCUACUUCAAGGCACACAAGGGCAGCGACUACAAGGGAGGCCACUACAAGGGCGGACACCAUCACGAUGCCCAUGGCCACAAGGGGCACCACGAAAAGGGCAAAUACCACGACGACCAUACGGGCCACGAUGGCCACUACGGAGACAAGGGCCACUAUGGCCACAAGAGUUCCUAUGGCGACCACGGUGGACACAAAGCCCAUUAUGGUCACGAUGAUCAUAAAGGGUAUGGCCAUGGUGGACACGGAGGCGGAUAUGGACAUGGUGGCCAUGGAGGCCAUGGCGGUGGACAUGGUAGUGGAUAUGGCCAUGGCGGUGAACAUGGUAGUGGAUAUGGCCAUGGCGGUGGAUAUGGUCAUGGUGGCCAUGGUGGUGGCGGAUAUGGCCAUGGUGGCCAUGGAGAUGGUUAUGGUCAUGGUGGACACGGAGGCUACGGCGCCCACUCCACCGUCCAGGUCGUCCACCAGGCGGCGCCCAAGAGCUUCGAGUCCUUCGGCAACUUCGCCUUUGCAGGACACUGAGGCCCUGACGGUGAGUCCGACCCCGGUGCGUCGCCCUCUGCCCUGUGCCGGGCGCGCUGGCUCCUGGAUCCCGUCGCUGAGAUCUGCCCUGUAUAUAAACAUAGGU